AUGCUUCUCCCACGGCGAGCGGUCAUCUUCCUCGGCGUCUGCUUUUUCCUCAUCCUCUUCUUCACAGCCCGAGCCCUCUCCAGGCCAUGGAAUCAGGUCCCCCAAGUGAUUGGUCUGGGCGAUCUGGUCCCUAGUCUGAACGACACGACCUGGAAUAUUACGCGCGGUCACACCAAUAAUGAUCUCUACGCGCCGCCGCCGCACUUCGUGCCGGGGGUACCCAAGCCCCCGGGCUACCAGUACUCCAAAGUCAUGGUAGUGACGCGGACCAAAGAGGAAGACACGGAUUGGAUCGCCGAACAGCUUCCAGACUGGGGUACAGCCAUCUACGUCGCGGACGACCCAUCCGCGCCCCUCCAUCCACCCAAGAAUAAAGGCCACGAGGUCAUGGUCUACCUGACCUACCUCGUCGACCAUUAUGACAACCUGCCGGACGUUGCAGUCUUUAUGCACUCCCACCAAAAUGCUUGGCACAACGACGAGCUUGUCGAAGGUGAUGCUGCCCAGCUCCUUCGCCGGCUGAACCUCAACCGAGUCAUCCGCGAGGGCUACAUGAAUACCCGCUGCGGGUACGGACCCGGUUGUCCAGCAUGGAUGCACCCCGGCGCUGUGGAAGAGGACGAGUCGAAACAGGAGGAGAUCAUGCUUGCGCGGGCGUGGGGCGAGCUCUUCCCCGACCAGCCUAUCCCGUCUGUCCUGGCGCAACCGUGCUGUGCGCAAUUUGCGCUAUCGCGGGACCGCAUCCGCUCGAUUCCGAGGGCGCGAUAUGUAUUCUAUCGGGAUUGGCUGCUGUCGACUGAUCUGAGUGAUUACAUCACUGGACGUAUCUGGGAGUACCUGUGGCAGUAUAUCUUCACGGGAGAAGCGGUUCUCUGUGUUGAUGAGAGCGUUUGUCUGUGUGAUGGGUAUGGGUUCUGUUUCGGAGGUGACGAGGAGUACAGGGCGUAUCAACAACUCGGAGCUGAGAAGCACGAACUUCAGGAGCUGUUUGAUGCUUGGGUCUGGUUUGCUGAUGAUGAAUUCGCCGGCAAAGGCGAAUUGGACCUUUCCAAACCCGAGGAGGGUGCUGACAUUCACGCGCAGCUGCAGAAUAAGCAGAAGCAAGCGACUGAGGCAUUGUACAAUGCCAAUCAGCGUGGCAAGGAUCCUCAGAUCCGUGCUCAAGAGGCUGGUCGGCCUUGGAAAGAGGGUGACGGGUUCUGA